AACAUACACACAAAACAGCAAAGUUAUCACUGUAAACUGAGCUUGCAGGUAGUCUUUGUAGUUCUCAAGACAAACAGACAUUAUAAUUCUAAAGUGCAUUAUAUAAAUUAAAGCAUUAACUCUCAUUUUAACAGGAAAGUGGCACCAUUCUGAAAGUGAUAUUAUUACUGCAACUAUAUCUGAUUAUCAACUCAUAUCACCUAUAUUUCCCUGUUUUAAUAAACAAGCAAUUGUUUGAAAUGUGGCCAUCUGUGGGUAUGUGGACAUCCACAUACUUUCUAAUAAUUUUAUGUGUUGCAUUAAGGACGGUUUUUAGUGAUGAUGAGAAAGCUGUGCAAUUUUGUACGGAAGAUGCUAAUGCAAAUGACUUAAAAUUCAACUGUUUAUGCCCAUCAGUUAAUGAUACACUGAUUAUACAGGAUAAGAAGAUCAGUUAUGGAAAAAGUCACAUCAACAUUCCUGAUAAUGUCACAUGCUGGAGGAUUGUUGGAUGUUCAGCAGUACAUCUCAGUGGAACAACCUUAACUUCCUUGAAGCAUAUCCACACACUACAGCUCCACAAGAUAGAUCAUAUUCAUUUGGCUUAUGAUUUCUUCUUACAAUACAAUACCCCUUUAGAGACCUUGCAACUAUCACAUUCCACCUUUGAGGGCACGGAAGGAUCACUCAACAUUCAUGCCCACAACCUGAAGAUCAUUACUCUAGAAGACAUCAUCUGGAAGGGUCAGUUAAAUAUACUCAUCCAAAUACAAGAAGGCCAUGUUUUAGAUCUUGUUUCCAUAAAGAAUUGUAAAAUUGAAGUGCUUGGAGAAAUCAACUUAUCACCAAGAUAUGUUCAUACCUUUGCUCUUGAAAAUAAUUAUAUUGGCACCGUCUCCACUGGUGCAAUUAUCCAGGAAUCAGAGAAGACCAUCAUCCAUCAUAAUUAUGUUGGCUACCUUAGCUUCCUCUCGCUAGAUACUGACACACACAACUUUACACUCCAAGCAAAUACUAUAAAGAAUGUAGCACUUGAGAGUCUUGUAGUAAGCAAUGCAACUUUUAUACAGAUUAUAAACAAUGAAUUCUUCCAUAUAGAAAGCUUUGGAUUAACUUCAUUACAUUCUACAUCUCAAGAAGGUUCAAUGGUUUUUUCUGAUAAUAUAUUCCACAAACAUGAGCCAGGCAGUCUCAUAUUCUAUUCCACAGUAUUCAACAAAAAGUUGAUAAUUCAAAAUAAUGUAUUUAAAUCUACAAAUUGCAACUGCAGCUUUCUGAGUUACAUAAGAAAGAUGACAGAAAUUAAUGACAGUGUUACACACAGUUUCACUGGAGAAAGAGAGAAGGCUUAUGAAUUGUUUAUAGAUUCAUCUUUGUGUUUUGAUAAAGAAAGAAAAUAUAAACUAUCAUAUCUUUGUAAGGAGAGUGAAUUAAAUCACUAUUGGGUGUUCCCAGCAAUAGCUCUUGUUACUAUAAUGUUCACAGGGCUACUGGUAACAGUGGUGAUCAAUAGGCAUAUGUGCAGUGCAAAGUACACAAGACUCUUUAUGGAGUCAGAAGAAAUGGAUCAACACAAAACACAUUCUGUUUCUGCAAUUGAGAAAAUAAUAUAUAUAAAGGAGUAAAAUCCAUAUGUAAAACUUCUUUGAAUCUUCAGGAGUCACCACAGGGGUUCAGUUCUUGCACCAGUAAUGUUCAUUGUCUACAUAAAUGAUAUACCAGUAGAAAUACAGAAUUAUAUAAACAUGUUUGCAGAUGAUGCUAAGAUACUGAGAAAGAUAGGAGACGCAGAC